GAGAACUCCUCGUUCUUUCAUUGUUCGAACGUGUCCCUUAGACCCGAAUCUAAAGGACAUCGACUUCAACUUCCACACCAACUUUCCCCAUGGACAAGCUCAAUUUUCUUCAAGACGGCGCCUUAAAAUUGCCUCCCGGAUUCCGCUUCCAGCCCACUGAUGAAGAGAUCGUCUUCCAGUACCUUGCCCGCAAAACAUUUUCUUCCCCUCUUCCUGCUUCAGUCGUCCCUGAAAUCAGUCUCUGCAAAUACGACCCUUGGGAUUUUCCAGGAGGCGAUGAUGAGGAGCAGGACAGGUACUUCUUCACAAAGAAAGAGCCCAAGUACGGGAAUGGAAACCGGAGCAACCGGACGACCGGCUCCGGGUACUGGAAGGCUUCCGGGACGGACAAGAGGAUUACGAGUUCGAAGGCAAGAGAUAUAAUGGGGAUGAGGAAGACGCUGGUUUUUCACAGAGGGAAGCCUCCGCAUGGGUCCAGAACCGAUUGGAUCAUACACGAAUAUCGCCUCGUCAACUCGGCAACUAGUGGCAGCAAUUUAUCAACUCAGGCUUUGCAGCAAGUAGGGAACUGGGUUUUCUGUCGUCUGUUCUUGAAGAAGCGAGGAACAGAUCAAAACGAAGAAAGGGCUGCGGCAGGCAAAGAGAAGAGCGUUAGGAAGUACGAAUUCAUGAGAUCCAGCACGGAGAUGGAUGAUGCUGAUGCUGAUGAUGAUGUAGAGCGCAGCUCCUCUUCUUCUUCUUCCUCCAAUUCAUCUUGCGGUUCCAGCUUUGUCACUAAUAAUGAAGCUACUUCAAGUCACCAAGUUCAUGGGUUUAAUGAUCAACAAACAAACCACUGGCAGUGGCUGUAGCAAGGAGCUGAAGCGUAGCUAUAUCUGAUCGGUGGUCUCCAUCGUUCUUUACUUUGCUUUGUAUGUGUCUGUAUCUUCUUUGUCCAUUACAAGGACUAUGUAUGUGUGCGUGUGUGUGCGCCACAUGGAAAUUAUGAAAUUUUAUUGAGAUAGUGGUUUUCUUGCAAGCAGAUAUGAAUCUAGUACGUGUUCCUGGUAUCUAUUCUAAAAGAAGGUGGUCUUAAACUAUAUAAGGAAAUCGAAU